UGGAACUAAACUAAUGGAUGAGAGCGAUGCUAUUGGCUUGGCAAUCUACGACUUACCAUGGUAUCAAAUCAAAAAUUAUGAUGCAAGAAAAUAUUUGUUAUUGACACUACUUCGAUCGCAAAGGCCAAUCAAAAUCACAGCAGGAAAGUUUUUCCCUGUGAAUCUGCAGUCAUACUUUGGAGCUUUGAAAGCUGCUUACGCAUACUGCACCGUAUUGUUGGAGGCAAUAUAA